UCCGCCUAUGUCCUCCAGGACCACCAUUCUCUCUGGUAGUUCACGCACAGAGGCCACAACUUCAACAGAAGGCGGUGGCACUCCUGGCACUGGACCCAGACCAGGCACCACUGGACCACAAGGAGGCAUCUCAGCUGGGAGCGGGACAGGCACCACCGGCGUAGCCCCUGGCACUACCGUUGCCCCUGGCAGUUCCAACACAGGGGCCACCUCUUUCCCAGGAGAGAGUGAAACAACCGGAUUUGGAAUAGGCGCAGGUACUACGACCACAGGCCCCGGAGAAGCUCUGGAACCUGGCAGUCACAACACAGAGGCGACGACGUCCACGGGUGGCAGUGGGACCACCGAAGCUGAACUUCCAGGAGGCACCUCUGUCAGCCCCGGUAAUCCAUUGCGUGGAAGCGGAACAGGUGGUCCGUAUAUAUCCUUCAGUACCACCAUUCUCUCUGGUAGUUCACCCACAGAGGCCACAACUUCAACAGAAGGCGGUGGCACUCCUGGCACUGGACCCAGACCAGGAGCCACAACGCUUAUGGAAGAACAUGGAUCACCUGGAAUAAUCACAGGUACAAAUGAAGACGUCUCUGGCAAAACACUGGAACCUGGAAGUACCAACACAGAAGCCACGACUUCUGCAGGAGGUAGUGGGACAACCCAAGAAGAACUGCCACAAGGUACCUCUAUCACACCAGGUGGAUCUGUCCCUGGAACUGAAGCAGGAGUCACCAAUAUCAUUCCAGGGAGCCAAUAUACUGGAAGUAAAACAGUCUCUGGUACUACAUCGUUACCUGAAGGUUUCAAAACAGGUAUCACUGGGAUAGCCUCUGGCACAACCGUUAUUCCUGCAAGUGCCAACACAGGGGCCACCACUGGAGUUGGAAUGGAAACAAGUGCCUCUGUAAUAUCAAGUGGAAUUACUGGUUUCCCAGAAAGUUCCAGCCCAGGUACCUUCAAGGAAGCAUCUGAAACAACUACUGCUCCUGGAAUUUCUACCAUGGAAACUACUGUAGUAACAACAGGAGAUCAAGAAAUUGAAAAUAAAUCAGGAUGUCCAGCAUCUCUUCCACCACCUCCAGUUUGCCAUGGUCCCCUGGGAGAAGAGAAAUCUCCUGGAGACAUAUGGACGGCCAAUUGCCACAGAUGUACCUGUACUGAUGCAAAUGCUGUAGACUGUAAACUCAAAGAGUGCCCUUCUCUACCCAAAUGCAAAGCUGGAGAGAAGCUUAUAAAGUUCAAAGCUAAUGAUACCUGCUGUGAAAUUGGAUACUGUGAGCCAAGAACAUGUUUAUUUAACAACACCAACUAUGAGAUUGGCGCUUCAUUUGGUGAUUCCAAUAAUCCAUGCAUCUCCUACUCCUGCCAAAACACUGGUUUAGUUGCAGUAGUCCAAGAUUGCCCAAAGCAGACCUGGUGCUCAGAAAAAGACAGAGUCUACGAUUCAAACAAAUGUUGCUAUACAUGUAAUACUAAUUGCAGAUCUUCACUUGUGAAUGUGACUGUUAAGUACAAUGGUUGCAAGAAAAAAGUUGAGAUGGCAAGAUGCACAGGGGAAUGCAAAAAGACCAUCAAGUACAAUUAUGAUAUCUUUCAACUGGAAAAUUCAUGCCUUUGCUGCCAAGAUGAAAAGUACGAAUUCAGAGAAAUUGUUCUUGACUGUCCUGAUGGCAAUACAAUACCUUACAGAUACAGGCACAUCACAGUGUGUUCUUGCUUAGACAAGUGCCAGCACUCUAUGAACUCAAUGGCCACUUAAUGUUAACAUUACCUUUCCAACAGGCAGAUAUUUAUUUUAUAAGUGAACAAAAAUAAAAUCACUAAAUUGCAAGAGUAAGUAAACAUUUGUAUCUCACUCAACAAGUGAGUUUUCAUUAUGAGGUAUUUUGUUCUUUUGUUGACUGGUUCUGAAAAAUAAAUACAAUUU